GUCAUUGUGGGCCACUGUGUAUCUGGAGAUGUGGAAGAGGUAUUCCGCGCGCAUUACCUAUCGCUGGGAUUUGUCUAAUUUCGAUGCCGUCGAGGAAUAUCCCAGACCUGAGUAUUUGGCCCGGCUAUCAAACGUGAGCACAAAAAAGCUGAACGUAAUCACCCGUAUGUACGAGCCGUACAUCCCAUUCUGGCGCCGGCAGCUGCCGUACACCAUACUGUCCGUAUCCGUCGUACUACUACUAAUAAUGGUGGCGUUGGGGGCUGUCAUGUCGGUCAUCGUAUACCGGGGCUCCAUUAGGGGUGCCCUUAGCAUCAAACGCAGCUACGAUACGACUAAAGGCACCUUUGAAUUGGGUUUCAUUCAGAAGUACUCAUCCAUUAUCACCGCAUCGACCGCCGCAGCACUUAAUCUCAUAUUAAUCUUGAUUUUGAAUCAAAUCUAUUCGCGAAUCGCAUACUAUUUGACUGAACUAGAAAUGCCCAGAACUCAGACAGAGUUUGACAACUCCCUGACCCUCAAGAUGUUUGUCCUGCAGUUCAUUAACUACUACUCAUCCCUAUUGUAUAUCGCCUUCUUUAAGGGCAGGUUUAUCGGUACCCCCGGAGAGUUCGAUGACGAGAGUCUCACUCAGGAGGAGUGCGGCACCGGCGUUCAACGCACUCAUGGAGAUGGGAACCCCGGUAUUUAUUUCAAAUGCCUGUCUCUCACACACAUAACAGGGGGCUGUCUGUUAGAGUUGGCCAUUCAGUUGGCUAUAAUAAUGGUGGGAAAGCAGGCGUUCAACGCACUCAUGGAGAUGGGAACCCCGGUAUUCAAGCGAUUCUGGAAGCGGUGGCGAUAUCGCAAAGAGGACUCCAUAGAGACCAUGAAUGUGCCGCAAUGGGAGGACGACUAUGUGCUGGCUAACUGGGGGCCCACAUCCCUGUUCUACGAGUACCUCGAAAUGGUCAUACAGUUCGGGUUCGUCACAAUCUUCGUGUCGGCCUUUCCUUUGGCGCCGCUCUUUGCGCUCAUUAACAAUAUAUUUGAGAUCCGAUUGGACGCCAGGAAAAUGAUUCUCGCAUUUAAGAGACCCGUUGCUCAGAGAGUGAAAAACAUAGGCAUUUGGUACAGAAUACUGGACUCAAUUGGGAAGCUGUCGGUCAUAACGAAUGCACUGAUCAUAGCGUUUACCACAGAAUUCGUGCCGCGAAUGUUCUACUAUAUGGAGAACGGGUCGCUCUAUCACUACACCAACUCUACCCUCUCCUUCUUCAACGCCAAGGAGGCUAACCAUCACUUGAAGCUCGGGGUCGACAACUCCACGCUUACCAACUGUGUGUAUGGGGACUACCGUGAACCUCCCUGGGCGGAACAAUCUCGCAUAUAUAAGCCGACGGCGUACUACUGGCGCCUACUAGCCGUGCGUCUGGCCUUUGUGGUGAUCUUCGAGAACGUGAUCGCGUCGUUGACAUCGUUGAUGCGAUGGGUCAUACCGGACGUCCCCCAACAGCUCCGGCAGCAAAUGAGACAACACGCCUACCUCACCAAUGAGCUCAUUAUACAACAGGAGUAUAAGCGCGCCAAAGAGCUGAGAUCAGCCGGUAAACAGCACUCCGUGGUGACCAUCGAUGAGCCGCAGCUCACCAAACGGAUCCCAUCGGCCAAAGAUCACAUCGAUAUGUGACCAAAAGAUUGUGAACUCAUUUUGUUGUCCAUUCGUAUUGAUUAUAGGUUUGAAUUUAUGAAUAUUUAUGAAUAUUCCG